AUGGUGUGCGGAGCUGUUCCCGGAAGCGUCCCUUCUCUGGCGGCGAUGGCGGAGGUGGAGGACCCGGAGGCGCGGGACGGGGAGCCGGAGCCGGAGGACGGGGAGCCCCUGGAGCCGGGCGGCUACCUGCUGUACAGGCACAGAAAAGAAUGGGCUGACAUCGAACCAGUACCUCAAAAUGAUGGGCCAAAUCCUGUGGUUCAGAUCAUCUAUAGUGAAAAAUUCAGAGAUGUCUAUGAUUACUUUCGGGCUGUUCUGCAGCGGGAUGAAAGAAGUGAAAGAGCUUUUCAGCUAACCGGGGAUGCCAUUGAACUGAAUGCUGCAAAUUACACUGUGUGGCAUUUCCGGAGAGUCCUCCUGCAUUCAUUGAAAAAGGACCUUAAUGAGGAAAUUAACUAUAUUACAGCUAUCAUUGAAGAUCAGCCAAAGAAUUACCAAGUCUGGCACCACAGACGGGUGUUGGUAGAGUGGCUGAAGGAUCCAUCUCAAGAGCUUGAGUUUAUAGCUGAAAUUCUUAACCAGGAUGCCAAGAAUUACCAUGCUUGGCAGCACAGACAGUGGGUUAUUCAGGAGUUCAAGUUGUGGGAUAAUGAACUGGAGUAUGUAGACCAGCUUCUGAAAGAGGAUGUGAGAAACAACUCUGUCUGGAACCAAAGAUACUUUGUAAUUUCCAACACCACUGGCUACAACGAUCCUGCUGUUCUAGAGAGAGAAGUCCAGUACACUCUAGAAAUGAUCAAGACAGUGCCACAUAAUGAGAGUGCAUGGAACUAUCUAAAAGGGAUUCUGCAGGAUCAUGGUCUUUCCAAAUAUCAAAAUCUAUUAGAGCAACUGCUGGAUUUACAGCCAAGCCACAGUUCUCCCUAUCUGAUUGCCUUCCUUGUGGAUAUAUAUGAAGACAUGCUAGAAAACCAAUGUGACAACAAGGAAGAAACACUAAACAGAGCAUUAGAGUUAUGUGACAUUCUGGCUAACGAAAAAGACACGAUCAGAAAGGAAUAUUGGAAGUAUAUUGGAAGGUCCCUUCAGAACAAGCACAGCACAGGCACUGAACCAGACUUGCCGACAGAUCAGCAGCAAUAACUGCAAGUGGCAGAAGAUGGUGUCAAGCUCUAAGAUACUUAUAAAGGAACUCCAAGUAGGGGGGGACAAGCCAGUAUAAACUUAGAUGUACUGUUCCCCUCUGCCUGAGUGUGAUGUAACUAUAUGUGCACUGCACAGGUGUUGCUUUUAACAAGAACUGAGUGCGAAGAGUUCAGUAUAACACAGUCCCCUUUGGUUACUACUGCUACUGACAAUAGCUAUCGGUAGAUCA